UGUAUUUUCUGGGCUUGUAUGCUUACAUUUCCUUGAAGGGAACCUCACAUAUUACAUUGUAAAUGUAUAAUGUUUUUCAUUAAUUUCCUGUUUUUUUUUUUCAUGAAUGCUACAAUCCAUUGCAAGUCAGAAAUUUUUUGGAUGCGUUUUCCAGUCUUCCACUCUAAAUGUCUGAAAAAAUUUGAUUUUGUUUUUCUUUAGUUUGGAGUACAAUGGAAUGCAGCAUUGGUUCUUAGAAAAUGAUUACGAUUAAUUGGGAUUUUUUUUCUGUGUCAGUGUCUGCUGACAGGAGCCAGGAGGAGUCAGAGUCCCCAAAAAUAAAAGACGAACAGGAAAGAGAGCAGCUUACUGGGCUGGAGGAGGCUGCUAUCACCAGGUUCCCAUUCACUGCUGUCACUGUGAUGACUGAAGAUGAAGAAGAGAAACCUAAGCAUUUACAGCUUUAUGAAUGCCAAACUCAGGAAAACAUAAAGACAGAGCCUCCUGCUAACAGAUUAGCAACACUCAUAAAAACAGAAACUGGUGGAGAGGACUGUGGAGGAUGUAAAACUGCAGGGAACCAGGAUACACUCAGUUAUGAUGGUUGGCGAGAACCGUUGUUGGAUUCUGAGUUGAGUGUCCAAAAAGAAGAGAGAGCCUUUGCUUCUGAUAUUUGUGGUGAUAGCUUUAAACAGCAGGGAAGUCUCACGACACAUAUGAGACGCCACACAGUGUUCCCUGAGUGGAGCCAGGACAAGUCAGAGUCCCCACAAAUAAAAGAGGAACAGGAGGAACAGCAGCUUAAUGGGCUGCAGGAGGCUGACAUGACCAGGUUCCCAUUCACUGCUGUCACUAUGAUGACUGAAGAUGAAGAAGAGAAACCAAAGUAUUUACAGCUUUAUGAAUGCCAAACUCAAGAAAACAUAAAGACAGAGUCUCCAGCCAGCAGCUUAGCAACACAGAUUAAAACAGAAACUGAUGGAAAGGACUGUGGAGGAUGUGAACCUGUCAGGAAGCGGGAUCCAGUCAGUUAUAGUGAUUGGCAAGAACCAUUGUCAGAUUCUGAGUUAAGGGUCCAAACAGGUGAGAAACCAUUUGUUUGUGAUAUUUGUGGGAGAAGAUUUGCACAACAGAAACAUCUGAAGUCACACAUUAGAACCCACACAGGAGAGAAACCAUUUGAUUGUGAUGUUUGUGGAAAAAGUUUUGCAAGACUGGAAAGUCUGAAGACACAUGUGAGAACCCAUACAGGAGAGAAACCAUUUGGCUGUGACCAUUGUGGAAGAAGAUUUGUGGAACCGAGGAGCCUGAAGAGACACGUGAGAACCCACACAGGAGAAAAACCAUUUGGCUGUGAUGUUUGUAGUAAAAGAUUUAUACAACAAGGACAUUUAAAGUUACACAUGAUAACGCACAAAGGAGAGAAACCCUUUGGCUGUGACCAUUGUGGAAGAAGAUUUGUGGAACUGAGGAGCCUGAAGAGACACAUGAGAACCCACACAGGAGAAAAACCAUUUGGCUGUGAUGUUUGUAGUAGAAUAUUUGCACAACAAGGAAGUUUAAAGAUACACAUGAGAACACACACGGGAGAGAAACCAUUUGACUGCAAUGCUUGUGAGAAAAGAUUUAAACAUAAGUCAGCUCUUAACAGACACAUGAGAACCCACACAGGAGAGAAACCAUUUGGUUGUGAUUGUUGUGGUAAGAGAUUUAUCGAACAGGGAAAUCUGAAGAAACACAUGAAAGUCCAUUCUGGAUAGAUACUUUUAUGUUGGUUGAAAUGUUUGUGGUAAUACAUUUAAGCAGAAUGCAUAUCUUAUGUCACACAUGAUAGUCCAACAAAGUAGAGAAACUAUUCGGUUGUGAUCUUGUGAGAAAAUAAUUAAACACAAGGUAGCUCUUAACAAACACAUGAGAAUCCACAUAGGAUGGACACCAUUUAGUUUUGAUUUUUUUUUUUUUUGUGGGAAAAAAAUCCAAAAAACAGUGAGUCUUAAGAAACACAUGAAUGUGCAUUCUAGAUAGAAGUUUUUAUGUUGCAACCAACAAACAUGUACAUUUGGUUUUAUGGUUUCACUGCAUCUAAUUUUGUCUUACUCUUGUGUUUACUUUCCCAGAAACAUAAGAAAACAACUCUUUAGAAGCCUAUGUUGUCUUUUUGUGACAUUGUCUCCAUGUUGUCUAUUCAGGUUAGAGUUCAAAAUGUAGAGGGCUUGGAAUGAUGUGAAGAUAUUUAUAGAAGAGGUAUUUCCUGCAAGAAUACAGUGUCACUUAUGAAACUGAAAUACUUUUAAUUACUAUUUUGAUUUUUUUUUUUUUUUUUAUCUGUCUGGCUUUAUAAAAACUGAAGUGAAUAGAAUAGAAUUCAUGAAUAGUUAAUGACUUCUGGUCCUUAGUGGUGACUAUGUUGCAGACAGUAUGUGGUAGAAAAAAAGUAAUCCAUACAAAGGUGAAAUAUUAAAUUUUGAAAAGUUUUUAUUUUUCCUCACUACAGUUAUUGGUUACUUUUAUGGGAUGCAUUCCAUAAGACAAAGAGAGAAACACAGAUAGGUGAUGUGGACCCAUGUAUGAGUGGGUGGAGUGUUCUUGAUCUGUUGGAUAAUGCCUCGGGGCUCCAGUAGGAAGGAUCGAGUGCUGUACAGACAACUCAGCACAGACAAAUCAAGGCCAGAGCCACAUGUAGAUUUCCACGUUCCUCUCCCCCUACUAUUCCCCCAUUUCAGGUCACUUCUUCACAUAGAGCAUUGUCAACUUGAAAACACGUUUGCGAUAGUUUUAUAAAUAUAUAUGUUGUACUUGUUUAUUGUUGAAUAUUUUUUGGCUAAUUCAGAUAAUGUGUAAAGCUAGCACAUGGAGAACGCAUACCUGCAUGUCUGUCCCCACCAUUGAAGCUAGUCACUAUUAUGUUUUUAGUAUUUUAAGCAAGUAAAGAAAGCUACAUCUGUGUAUCUGUGGUCUUGAGACUAAAUGUUUCCGUGCUUGGAAAUGUGUUAGCUUUGUUUGACUUUUUUCAUAAUAAAGAUGAGUGAAAGGAAGAGCUGUGUAUUGUUAACUUUAUUCCUGUCUCAUUACUGUCCCCCGUUAAAAUGCACAAUUACUGACCAGUGCCAGUGGCUUAAGUAUCAGCGGUGCAACUGGUGCAGCUGCACCGGGGCCCAGACGCCAUCAGGGGCCAAUGAAGGAAGAAGAAGAAAAAAAAAACUGCUGUCCAGAAUUGCCACAGGCCCGUUUUGUGAAUGAAAUAGGUGGGGGGCGGGUUGGUAAGGUAACACUGAGUGGCCUUGAUGCCUGUCAGUCAUGAUUAGUCUCGUCUCGUCACCUCUCUGCUGUGUCUGCAGCUGAGCGCUGUGGGCCAGUCCGAUGCAUGUCUCUCUCCCUGGGCCAGGAAAGUUAUCAUACCGUAACAUAUCAAAUAAUAGCCGGGGCAUUUAUUUGUUUCAAUAACUUAACAGACCAGGAGUUUAUUUGGGACCAGGCAGCAAUUUGGGACAGGCAAUAUGAUUAUGUUUGAAUAAUCCUUUCAACCACUAUUUUUAUUGAAGGCACAUGCUUAGAUUUCUAUGUUUUCCUUCGCUCCGGUCUGGACCCUCAUGUGUGACUUUAGAUGUCCCUGAUCUGAAUAUGUAAUCUCGCAGAAGUCACAACCAAACGUUUUUUCUCCUGUGUGGAUUCACGUGUGUAGUGAGACUUCCCUGCUGUGUAAAUCUUUUACCACAAACUUCACAACCAAAUGGUUUCCUCCCUGUGUGGACGAGCUGGUGUCUUUCAAGAAUACUCUCACGACCAAAUCUUGGCCCACAAUUGGCACAGCUAAAAGGUUUCUCUCCUGUAUGGAUUGACAUGUGGAUGAUCAGAUAUUUCUUUAAGAUAAAUCUUUUCCCACAGUCCCCACAGCCAAAUGGUCUCGUUCCUGUGUGAACUCUCUUUUCCCAAAAAUAUCACACCCAAAUGUUUCUUUUCCAGUGUUAACUUGUAUCUGUAUCUGCUCUAUAUGCAAAUAAACCUGUACAUCAUUGGAACAUACGUACAACAUUUUAUAAGCAAAGAGGGAGAUAUCUCCAUGUUUAAAGUUUGCCGAAUUAACACAUAGGUCUAAAUAGUAAGUAGCCUUUAACAAAGUUUGAGAGGUCUGGAGUCAUGCUCAAUCAAUGGCUAAUUCCUUAGACUUCCCACUAGUCAAGAAAACUGAGUUGACCUUUUAUUAGUGAAUCUUUAAGAAAACAUUUGUCCAACUUCCUUUAACUUUGACCAUACUUGUACAGUUCUAUUGAGAAAGGACCUUUAUAAACGAUUUGUGAUAAAGACACAUAAUGACACAUUAAGCAACCAAAGAACAGUUCUGUUAUAUACUUUGAAACAAACACAAGAGAAAGACAAUAAAAACUGCCUUUGUUCAAACCAUCUGCCUCCUCAAGUGAUUGUCAGUUUGAUGAACAAAGUAACAUAACUUACAUUAGCUGGCUCACAUUAACAUUGCAAAUAUUAGCAUUGUUUAUGCUAACAUGUCGCCAAACAUAACUAAUGUUAUAAUUGCUGACACUAGCUGAUGCUUCCUUGCUGACAUUUGGCACUACAGUAGGCUGGGCACUUACCAUAAAACCCAAUGAUUUCACCACCACUUGAUCGACAUUGUUAUACACAAAUAUUUUUAAAUUAUAAAUACAAUAUCAUAACAAUGUUUUACAGGAAAAUUAUCCUUUCAUUCUGCACCUUACUUUAAGUCCAGAGAUGCAGCAUUAUGUAAAAAAAACAAGAUUUGUUAACAUUUUAUCAUCAUGAUCACUGCAGGAACAUGGAACUUGUGUCUCCCCCUUGUGGCUGUCUGCCAUAAAGUUUACAUAGUUACUCGUGCAGUAACUGAAGAGAGGUCUCCAGUUCUAGAAUUUGGAUGAAACAUGCAGCCACAGGUGUGGCAGUGCAGGUUGUACACUCAGAACCAUUAAAAAACUCUGGUAUACUGCAACUUAUACCCUCGUCUGGAGGGUAUAGGUUACAUGAGCAAUGUUUGAACUUGCAUGACAAUGGUUGAUUGUAAUUACAACAAAAAUC